CCUGUCAGUGUCCAUCAGUGCCAGCUCUCAGUGCUCAUCCAUGCCACCUGCCAGUGCCACAUCAGUGCCACAUUUCAGUGCCCAUCAGUGCCACAUAUCAGUGCUGCCUUUCAAUGUCACCCAUCAGUGCCAGUUAGUGCCACCUAUCAAUGCCAGCCAGGGCCACCUAUCAGUGCUGCCAAUCAGUGCCACCUAUCAGUGCCAGUCAGUGCCGCCUAUCAGUGCCAUCAGUGCCGCCUAUCAGUGCCAUAUAUGAGUGCUACCUUUUAGUGCCCAUCAGUGAUGCCUGUCAAUGCCCACCAGUGCCACCUACCAGUGCCCAUCAGUGCCACCUAUCAGUG